CUUAUUAAAAACGUCGACAAGUCCUAUUUCAAAAAUUACACGGAAAGUUGCAGAAAAUAUUGAGAAAAUGAGGCUAGGUCCUCUAUCUAUCUAGUUAUCUCGUGCCGUUGAACCUUCAUUAACUCGACGCAGUCAACUUUUGCUUCCGCGGGUGGCGGCAGGGAGGCUAAAAGACAUGACCUCUGUCGAUGAAGACAAAAUCCCUGCCCAAGAGCUGUCUCGACGCCAGUUUUUCAGAAUCAUUUUGCACAGUGAAGGCCAGAAAGCGGUACUCAUCCUAUGUAUUUCGUUAACCUCAUUCAGUAGCGCGUCCUAGAUUGGUGAAAACCGAGACCAAGACGUCGAUCUGCACGUUAGGGGUCUUCUACAGAACGGUACCUCGUUUCAAUACAAAAGGACAACUUUUUCCUGCUUUCUUGAAAUUCCCAUGCCUCUCAUCCCCAACAUCUUCGUAGUCAAUCUGCCAACCGACGAGGAGCAGUAUGUAAGGAUUAUGACCAUCCUGGGAAAUACGAUGUACAUCGUCUCUUUUGUUGCUCUGGCAGCAAUCCUGAGCACGAAAUUGCUCAAUAAAAGAAUCAAACGAACCAUUACGUGGAAUUUCUUCAUCGCCAGUUGGAUGUUACAUUGUGUCACGUUCUUCCUUUCCAUGGGAUACCAGAUCGGUAACUCGGCCCCUCCCUUUGGUCUUUGUCUGGUGCAAGCAGGGAUGCUUUACGCCACACCAGCUUACAAUGCGUGCGUCAGCUUAGCCUUGCUGCUUCAUCUUCAUUCUAUCAUUGUUGCUACUGUCCGUGGUAUGAACCACUCGUCAUCCAAGAGGAUGCGAGUCUUAGUAUGGAUUCUCCUCAUUUCGCCUCUUGUAGUCUAUGUCACAGUUUUGUCAAUGACUUUCAUCAUGGUAGCACAAGACAAGUCGCUAUUGCAAAGAGACCAAACAUUUUAUUUCUGCAACAUCAAUGAUGAAGUUGGGAUUUGGACUUCCUCCAUCAUAGUGUUCCUUUGUGCACUAGCAUUUAUAACCUAUGAAAUUUACACCAUUGUCAUUUUGUGGAAAAAUAGUCAAACAUUCCGUGCCAUGAAUCCUCAUUCUCGCGAUCGCAUCUUUAGAUCAAUAGUAAUCCGCAUCGGCGUGUUCACAGUCUUUCCCGUCAUCGCUCUUUUUCUCUCCGUUAUCCUGUCUUUCAGCGCUGCAGACAGUUGGACACCGUCCUCCGGCAUGAGGAUCAACGUCGUUGAUGCUUCUCUACCUCUCGCUUGUGCUCUUAUAUUUGGCUCACAAGAGGACCUGCUGAACGUGUGGAUGUUUUGGAGAGAGUCUUCUCCGUAUCGUUCAACUCAACACAGCCAGACACAUUCUAGCGGCCCUGAGCACUUAAGGACGGGUGGUCGCAGUCGCAUCCUAUUAGAUCCUGUUGUCCCGAGGGUGGGGGUCAAGGUCUCUACCACCCGAAUCCAGGACAGGGAUGAUGGGUGGGCAUCAAAAUCACCCGUCGAAUCAGACAUCGAGCUUCACAAGGAUGUGAAAGUAGAAUUGCUAUAAUAAAACAACUAUGUGCAUACUUAAGUCUAGCAUUUGCACGAUCGUGUUUGUGAUGUCUACAUAGAUACCCAAGUUUCUACUUUGCGUAAAAAGGUCACUGGAUCACCAUCUAACCCAACAUCCGUCUUUGGAAGGUCUGGGAUAGAACACUUUUUUGCCUUCUCGAUUCGUACACCUUCCCAUCUGCUCCACUCUGGCCCUCCUUCCCCCUCCUAUUCUUGCCACAAUUCCUCUCCCUUGACUUUUGCUCGCUAACU